AGUAUGUAGAGAUGAUGAAAGAAAAAAUAGAUCCUGAUCUAAAAGAGAACAUUGAACAUGAUGUACUGAAGGAAGGGGUGGGGAAACACACACUUAAAGAGAUAAAUAGUUCCGGUCCUUUACAGGAUAACUAUUCUCAUGAAAUCCUGCUACUUGAAAAUCUAUGCGGAGGAGGCAAUAAUGAUGACAGAAAUGUAAGUGGGGAAAGACUUCCUGAAAUAUCAGACGCUCAGAUGCAUGUGAAUACCCACAAGGAAGAAAAACCAUAUAAAUACUUGGAGUCUGGUAAAAGGAUUGUGCAGAAAAAUAUCCUGAUUUCUCUUGAAAGGAUCCUUACCAGAGAGAAAAAAUACAAAUGCCUGGAGUGUGGAAAAAGUUUUAGUCAUAGUGGAAACCUUAUUGUCCAUCUAAGAGUUCACACUGGGGAGAAACCAUAUAAUUGCCUGGAGUGCAGGAGAAGUUUCACUCAGCAUGGACACCUUAUUGUCCAUCAAAGAAUUCAUGCAGGAGAGAAACCAUAUACAUGCCCAGAGUGUGGGAAAAGCUUUACUGACAGUGGAAGCCUCAAGUCCCAUCAAAGGAUUCACACAGGAGAGAAAAAAUAUAAAUGCCUGGUUUGUGGAAAAAGCUUUCGUCAAAGUGGACACUUUAAAGCCCAUCAAAUAAUUCACACAGGAGAGAAAAGAUAUAAAUGCCUGGAGUGUGGGAAAAGUUUUGGACAGAAAGAUUCCUUUACUUACCAUCAGAGAAUUCACACAGGGGAGAAACCAUAUAACUGCCUGGAGUGUGGGAAAAGCUUCAUUGAUGGUAGAAACCUCAAGUCCCAUGAAAAGAUUCACACAAGUGAGAAAAAAUAUAAAUGCCUGGUGUGUGGAAAAAGCUUUGUUCAAAGUGGAAGUCUUACUUUGCACAUGAGAAUUCACACUGGGGAGAAACCAUACAAAUGCCUGGAGUGUGGGAAGAGUUUCCAUCAUCGUGGACGCCUUAUUGCCCAUCUAAGCGUUCACACAGGCGAGAAACCAUAUAACUGCCUGGAGUGUGGGAAAAGUUUCACUCGUUGUGAACGCCUUAAUGUCCAUCAAAGAAUUCACACAGGGGAGAAACCAUAUAUGUGCCCAGAGUGUGGGAAAAGCUUUACUGAAAGUAGAGGCCUCAAGUCCCAUCAAAGGAUUCACACAGGAGAGAAAAAAUAUAAAUGCCUGGUGUGUGGAAAAAGCUUUAGUCAAAGUGGAAGCCUUAAAGUCCAUCAAAUAAUACACACAGGAGAGAAAAGAUAUAAAUGCCUGGAUUGUGGGAAAAGUUUUGGACGGAAAUGUUCCUUUACUUACCAUCAGAGAAUCCACACAGGGGAGAAACCAUAUAACUGCCUGGAGUGUGGGAAAAGCUUCAUUGAUGGUAGAAACCUCAAGUCCCAUGAAAAGAUUCACACAGGUGAGAAAAAAUAUAAAUGCCUGGUGUGUGGAAAAAGCUUUGUUCAAAGUGGAAGUCUUACUUUGCACAUGAGAAUUCACACUGGGGAGAAACCAUACAAAUGCCUGGAGUGUGGGAAGAGUUUCAAUCAGAGUUCACAUCUUAGUACCCAUCAGAAAAUUCACACAGGUGAGAAACCAUAUAAAUGCCUAGAGUGUGGAAAGAGCUUCCAUCAGAGUUCACAUCUUAAUGUCCAUCAGAAAAUCCACACAGGGGAGAAACCAUAUAAAUGCCUGGAGUGUGAAAAGAGCUUCAAAGAGAGUUCACAUCUUAUUAGCCAUCAGAAAAUUCACACAGGGGAGGAACCGUAUAAAUGCCUGGCGUGUGGGAAAAACUUCAGGCACAGUGGAUCCUUUAAUUCCCACAAAAGAAUUCACACAGGGGAGAAACCGUAUAAAUGCCUGGAGUGUGGGAAAAACUUCAGGUACAGUGGAAACUUUAAUUCCCACAAAAGAAUUCACACAGGGGAGAAACCAUAAAAAUGCACAAAGUGUGAGAAAAGCUUUCAUCAGAGAACUGCCCUUACUGUUCAUGAAAGAAUUCACGAGGCAAAACCACAUACAUGCCCCGAGUGUGGAAGAAGCUUCAGUCAGAGAGGAAAUCUUAUUUCACAUCAAAGAACUCACAUUGGGAAGAGAAACAUAUAAAUGCUGGUAGGUUGGUUAGACCUUGCAUCAAAGCAAUUUGGAUUAGAAAAUUAGAAAGCAAGGCAAUGCAACAGUAUAAUACAUACACAAUACAUAAUGCAGCAAAAACUCACA